AAAGCAUUGCUGGUAUUCAAACUCGAAAAAUCAAAGCAAUAAUAAUGGCUUGGUUGUCUCGAAGUAUUUUAACUGUUCUCGUACUUCUUGGUACGCAAAGUAUCUUAGCUUUAGGACAGGGAAGCAAUCCUUGGUCUAGCAAGCAAAAUGCGGAAGGAUUCAUGCGGUCAUUUAUGGGAACUCUAAAUCAAAACAGUGCAUUUUCAGGUGAUCAAAUGGAUGAUAUAUCUUCAAUAGGAGAUACCCUCUUGACAGCGAUUGAUAAUAUGGGUGGUAAGGCAACAAAAUCAAAAUUACAGGCACUCAAUAUGGCCUUUGCUUCAGCAGUAGCAGAAAUUGCUGUCGACGAAGAAGGUGGACAGAGUGUUGCCAUAAAAACGGAUGCCAUAACAAAUGCGUUACAGUCUGCAUUCUAUCAAACAACUGGGGCAGGCAAUGACCAAUUUGUAAAUGAAAUUCGAAGUUUAAUUCAAAUGUUUGCACAAUCGCAAGUUAACAACAUAUCAACAGGAUCUAGUUCAGGAGUAAGUUACGGAACAUCAUCAACACGCACAAUUCAGACUUCAUCUUCAUCAGCCUCCUCAGCAGCAGAAUCAGGAAGGCAAGAAAUAAGUGGCUUAGGAGGUUGGCGAGGUCAAAGUACCCAAAACUCUGUGCCAAGUGGGCAAAGAGGAAUAGGACAAAGUGGAGGUCAAGGAGGACAAGGUGGAACUGGCUUAGGAGGAUGGGGCGGACAAGGUGGUCAAGGAUCUGGAUCAGCGGCAAUUGCAGCAGCAGCAGCUGGAUCUGGUGGACAAGGUGGAAUUGGUCAAGGUAGUAGUCAAGGAGGACAAGGUGGAUGGGGAGGUCAAGGAUCUGGAUCAGCAGCCGCUGGAUCUGGUGGACAAGGUGGAAUGGGACAAGGUAGUGGUCAAGGAGGACAAGGCGGAUGGGGAGGACAAGGUGGUCAAGGAUCUGGAUCAGCAGCCGCUGCAGCAGCAGCUGGAUCUGGUGGACAAGGAGGAAUAGGUCAAGGUAGAGGACAAAGAGGACAAGGUGGUCAAGGAUCUGGAUCAGCAACCGCUGCAGCAGCUGGAUCUGGUGGACAAGGUGGAAUGGGACAAGGUAUUGGUCAAGGAGGAUUGGGACAAGGCAGUGGUCAAGGAGGACAAGGUGGUCAAGGGUCUGGAUCAGCAGCCGCUGCAGCAGCAGGAUCUGGUGGACAAGGUGGAAUUGGACAAGGUAUUGGUCAAGGAGGACAAGGAGGAAUGGGACAAGGCAGUGAUCAAGGAGGACAAGGAGGAUGGGGAGGACAAGGUGGUCAGGGAUCUGGAUCAGCAGCCGCUGCAGCAGCAGCAGCUGGAUCUGGUGGGCAAGGUGGAAUGGGACAAGGUAUUGGUCAAGGAGGACAAGGCGGAAUAGGACAAGGCAGUGGUCAAGGAGGACAAGUCAGUGGUCAAGGAGGACAAGGUGGAUGGGGAGGACAAGGAAGUCAGGGAUCUGGAUCAGCCGCAGCUGCAGCGGCAGCAGCUGGAUCAGGUGGACAAGGAGGAAUGGGACAAGGUAUUGGUCAAGGAGGAUUGAGAAAAGGCAGUGGUCAACGAGGACAAGGUGGAUGGGGAGGACAAGGUGGUCAAGGAUCUGGAUCAGCCGCCGCCGCUGCUGCAGCAGCUGGAUCUGGUGGACAAGGUGGAAUGGGACAAGGUAUUGGUCAAGGAGGACAAGGCGGAAUGGGACAAGGCAGUGGUCAAGGAGGACAAGGUGGAUGGGGAGGAGAAGGUGGUCAAGGAUCUGGAUCAGCAGCCGCUGCCGCAGCAGCUGGAUCUGGUGGACAAGGUGGAAUUGGUCAAGGAGGACAAGGUGGUCAAGGAUCUGGAUCAGCCGCCGCUGCUGCUGCUGGAUCUGGUGGACAAGGUGGAAUGGGAAAAGGUAUUGGUCAAGGAGGACAAGGCGGAAUGGGACAAGGCAGUGGACAAGGAGGACAGGGUGGAUGGGGAGGACAAGGUGGUCAGGCAUCUGGAUCAGCAGCCGCUGCAGCAGCAGCAGCCGGAUCUGGUGGACAAGGAGGAAUGGGACAGGGAAGAGGUCAAGGAGGACAAGGCGGAAUAGGACAAGGCAGUGGUCAAGGAGGACAAGGUGGAUGGGGAGGACAAGGUGGUCAAGGAUCUGGAUCAGCAGCCGCUGCAGAAGCAGCAGCUGGAUCAGGUGGACAAGGUGGAAUGGGACAAGGUAUUGGUCAAAGAGGAUUGGGACAAGGCAGUGGUCAAGGAGGACAAGGUGGAUGGGGAGGACAAGGUGGUCAGGGAUCUGGAUCAGCAGCCGCUGCAGCAGCAGCCGGAUCUAGUGGACAAGGAGGAAUGGGACAAGGAAGUGGUCAAGGAGGACAAGGUGGAAUGGGACAAGGCAGUGGUCAAGGAGGACAAGGUGGAUGGGGAGGACAAGGUGGUCAAGGAUCUGGAUCAGCGGCCGCUGCAGCAGCUGCAGCUGGAUCAGGUGGACAAGGUGGAAUGGGACAAGGUAUUGGUCAAGGAGGAUUGAGACAAGGCAGUGGUCAAGGAGGACAAGGUGGAUGGGGAGGACAAGGUGGUCAGGGAUCUGGAUCAGCAGCCGCUGCAGCAGCAGCCGGAUCUGGUGGACAAGGAGGAAUGGGACAAGGAAGUGGUCAAGGAGGACAAGGUGGAAUGGGACAAGGCAGUGGUCAAGGAGGACAGGGUGGAUGGGGAGGACAAGGUGGUCUGGGAUCUGGAUCAGCAGCCGCUGCAGCAGCAGCUGAAUCUGGUGGACAAGGUGGAAUUGGUCAAGGAGGACAAGGUGGAUGGGGAGGACAAGGUGGUCAGGGAUCUGGAUCAGCCGCCGCUGCAGCAGCAGCAGCUGGAUCUGGUGGACAAGAUGGAAUGGGACAAGGUAUUGGUCAAGGAGGACAAGGCGGAAUGGGACAAGGCAGUGGUCAAGGAGGACAAGGUGGAUGGGGAGGACAAGGUGGUCAAGAAUCUGGAUCAGCAGCCGCUGCAGCAGCAGCAGCUGGAUCAGGUGGACAAGGUGGAAUGGGACAAGGUACUGGUCAAGGAGGAUUGGGACAAGGCAGUGGUCAAGGAGGACAAGGUGGAUGGGGAGGGCAAGGUGAUCAAGGAUCUGGAUCAGCCGCCGCUGCAGCAGCAGCAACGGGAUCUGGUGGACAAGGUGGAAUGGGACAAGGUAUUGGUCAAGCAGGACAAGGCGGAAUGGGACAAGGCGGUGGUCAAGGAGGACAAGGUGGAUGGGGAGGACAAGGUGGUCAAGGAUCUGGAUCAGCAGCCGCUGCAGCAGCAGCAGCUGGAUCAGUUGGACAAGGUGGAAUGGGACAAGGUAUUGGUCAAGGAGGAUUGGGACAAGGCAGUGGUCAAGGAGGACAAGGUGGUCAAGGAUCUGGAUCAGCCGCCACUGCUGCAGCAGCUGGAUCUGGUGGACAAGGUGGAAUAGGUCAAGGAGGACAAGGUGGUCCAGGAUCUGGAUCAGCAAUCGCUGCAGCAGCAGCUGGAUCUGGUGGACAAGGUGCAAUGGGACAAGGUAUUGGUCAAGGAGGACAAGGCGGAAUGGGACAAGGCAGUGGUCAAGGAGGACAAGGUGGAUGGGGAGGACAAGGUGGUCAGGGAUCUGGAUCAGCAGCCGCUGCAGCAGCAUCUGGAUCUGGUGGACAAGGUGGAAUUGGUCAAGGAGGACAAGGUGGAUGGGGAGGACAAGGUGGUCAAGGAUCUGGAUUAGCAGCCGCUGCAGCAGCAGCCAGAUCUGGUGGACAAGGUGGAAUGGGACAAGGUAGUGGUCAAGGAAGCCAAGGUGGAUGGGGCGGACAAGGUUCUGGAUCAGCAGCCGCUGCAGCAGGAUCUGGUGGACAAGGUGGAAUGGGAAGUCAAGGAAGAGCAGUUAGUUCAUCAAUGGCUACGAUUGCCGCAUCACGUCUAAGUUCACCAUCCUCAAACUCAAGAAUUUCAUCCACUGCUUCGUCACUGACUUCGAAUGGAGUUGCCAAUACAGCUACAUUAGGAAGCAUUAUUAGUAACUCAGUUUCUCAAAUUAGUGCAGAUAAUUACGGUGCUUCUGAAUGUGACGUUUUAGUACAGGCUCUUCUUGAGCUUAUUACAGCUCUUGUUCAUAUACUAUCAUCAUCUAACAUUGGACAAGUUAAUUACAGUGAUGCGAGUAGAUUCUCGCAAAUUAUCAGUCAGGCAUUGCAACAAGCAAUGGGUUAGUUUUGUUUUCACAAAAACUCCUGUAAUGCAUUUAUUUUCAAUAAACUAAAUAGAAAUCUGAA